UUUGUUUUUGCUUCGGUCUCUCACAGUAUCGUUACCUGAAGGAGAGAGAGGAGGCCGGCAAAUGUACGAAUAAUACUGUCCAGGGGUCUGCAGUUACAGAAGAGUGCUAAUGGGGUUGAAAUAGUCGGUGUUCAUGUGGGGCAGUGGAGUCCACAUUAACGAACUGUUGCUGUUGCUUUAAGGUGCCUGUUUACCUGGGAAGAAACAAGACUGCCAGAGCCGUGCUGCAGAUAUCCUGCUGACAAUCCCUGAAGAAAUGUGUUCAGAAGAUAAAACUGGAUUAUCCUAGUGAAGAGAAGAGUCAAUGAUGGAGCCUGUCCAUAUUAAAGAGGAGAGUCCUGCACUAGAAUCAGUCCAUAUUAAAGAGGAGAGUCCUGUACUACUAUCAGUCCAUAUUAAAGAGGAGAGUCCUGAACUAGAAUCAGUCCAUAUUAAAGAGGAGAGUCCUGUACUAGAAUCAGUCCAUAUUAAAGAGGAGAGUCCUGAACUAGAAUCAGUCCAUAUUAAAGAGGAGAGUCCUGUACUAGAAUCAGUUCAUAUUAAAGAGGAGAGUCCUGUACUAGAAUCAGUCCAUAUUAAAGAGGAGAGUCCUAAACUAGACCCUGUCCAUGUUAAAGAUGAGGGUAACCAUUUUAAAACAAACAGCUUGCAGGGCUCUCUGUCCUGUACAGAAUGUGGAAAGAGUUUCAGACAGUUACAAAACCUGAAACGUCACCAACGAAUUCACACUGGAGAGAAACCGUAUGUCUGUGCUGAUUGCGGGAAGAGUUUCAAUCUAUUACACAGUUUGAAAACACACCAGCGAAUUCACACAGGACAUAAACCAUAUCCGUGUAGUAAAUGUGGGAAAAGUUUCAAUCAGUUAGCCAAUCUUAAAAAACACCAGUUAAUUCACACAGGAGAGCAGCCACAUCACUGUAAUGACUGUGGGAAGAGUUUCAGCCGGAUAGACAACUUGAAAUUGCACCAGCGAAUCCACACUGGAAAGAAACGAUAUGUCUGUGCUGACUGUGGGAAGAGUUUCAGUCAGUCACGCUAUUUGAAAAAACACCAGCAAAUUCACACUGGAGAGAAACCGUAUGUCUGUGCUGACUGUGGGAAGAGUUUCAGACAUUUACAAAACCUGAAACUUCACCAGCGAAUCCACACUGGAGAGAAACCAUAUGUCUGUGACGAUUGUGGGAAGAGUUUCAGUCAGCCAAGAACUUUGAAAAACCAUCAUCAGUUAAUUCACACAGGAGAGAAUCCACAUCACUGCAAUGACUUAAGAUGAUGUGAUGUCAAUUAAUAUUAUUGUUUAUUUAGCAGACGCCUUUAUCCAAGCCGUCUUACAGAGACUAGGGUGUGUGAAUUAUGCAUCAGCUGCAGAGUCUCUUACAACUACGUCUCACCUGAAAGACGGAGCACAAGGAGGUUAAGUGACUUGCUCAGGGUCACACAAUGAGUCAGUGGCUGAGGUGGGAUUUGAACCGGGGACCUCCUGGUUACAAGCCCCUUUCUUUAACCACUGGACCACACAGCCUCCUUUGUCUUCAAAGUACUGGAUAUUAGUAACAGAGGGUUGAAAAGAUUUAUAUUGGUUUGAGUUUAGAUUACCUGCUGUGCUGGCCUUCCAGUCUGUUCUAAACAAGCAUAGCUGAUUCGUAUUUGUUAAUUAAGAAUGUCUGUCUGAAAGCCAGUUUGCCAUUUUCUUCCUAUAAAUCAGGGCUACUCAAUUAUUUUAGUGAAAUUCCAGAAUUCAUGGUUCCAGCUUUUUCACUCCCAUCUGCACACCGACAAACAAACACAGAGCUACACCAAUGUAGUUUUUGGCGGUCCGGAUUUGGACCGGAGACUGCCUAUUGAGUACCCAAGCUAUAAGGGAUUAAGAAGUGCGACACCUGGUGGAUACGAGGUGCCAUGACUUUCAACCCAUGAAAUGAGCUGUUACCAUGAAACAUGGAACGUUGAAGUGAGUAGAAAUUCCUAAUUUCCUUACUCUAAAAGUGAAUUGGAAAAACAAACCUUUACAGGGGUAUAAUAUUAACUUGUUUGAACAGGUUUUUGGGUUUAUUAAAACAGUCAAGAUUGAAACGUAACAUGUAAUAACUGAUUUAAAUUGGUUUUAGAAUCGUUUUAUUAAAAAAAAAAAAAUCUUCUCACUUUAUUGUAUAACGUGCUUAACAUGCUUGUAAAGGUAAGUUAGUUUGGAAAAUGAAACUGAAAUUUGUAUCCUCCUAUGAUCAAUAUAACUUGUUAGAACAAAAUGAAGUUGAGUUCUAUAAAUGUUACGAAUCCUGUUCUAUCUAUCUCUCUUUCUCCAUGGAGGAGGGUCUCUACCUGUGUUAAUGACACACAUUGCUUGUUUAAAACUAUUAGCCAGAAGUGCUUGGAUCACCAAAGUAAACUCCUCUUUGGGCGCUAUAUUUAAAUCAAAACAUGCAUGAACUCGUUCUCUUGGAUUCAGACUCAUCUCGCCAUGAAGUAACCAUUGAGUCUUCGCUUGCAAUGGGGACCCAUUCAAGCAUCGUACGUAUCUUCAUCCUGAAGAAGACUCCUCGCCGUUACAUCCUGCAACUCUACAUGUUACAAAGAAGACAACUGCAUUCCAACAAGGACCACAUCUCCAGAAUAAGUGUUACGAUUCAAAGACUUUGAAAUUCAAGUAAAAUACUGUGUUUGUGUAGAAAAAUCUACAUGCAAACCAGAAGUAAAAACAUUGAAUACAGAGUAACACUUUGUGAGAUUAAAAACACAGGCGAUUCUACUCUGAACAAUUGAAAGAAGAUAAGACUUUCACUGAACUGAUGCUAUUGUGUGCAUUUGAAAACAAUGUGAACGUCUGAACCAUUUAAACAUUGAGAGAGUUUAUCAAGUUUGUAUGCAGUGUGGAGUAGUUGUUAGGGCUCUGGACUCUUGACUGGAGGGUUGUGGGUUCAAUCCCAGGUGGGGGGGACACUACUGCUGUACCCUUGAGCAAGGUACUUUACCUAGAUUGCUCCAGUAAAAACCCAACUGUAUAAAUGGGGAAUUGUAUGUAAAAAUAAUGUGAUAUCUUGUAACAAUUGCCAGUCGUCCUGGAUAAGAGCGUCUGCUAAGAAAUAAACAAAUAAAUAAAUAAUAA